CAACACACGCCGCCAAAAGCUCUCGCGGAGCCGGGACGGAAGACGAAAAGGUUCUCGAGGGAGAGAGAGAGAGAUGGCGGCGCUGCGAUCGGCAUUGGCGAGGGCGAUGGUCAGCCGCCGCUCCUCUGGAUCUUCGGCGAUCGCGCACCUGCUGGUCGGAAGAGGGCUGGAGAUCAAGCAAGUUUUCCGCCAUGCGGCGCCGCCGAUUCAUCCCGCGGCCAUCCGUAACCUGGGCUGUCGGCGUUUCUCAACUGGUGUUAGGGAUCCAGCAGGCAAAGCUGAGAGUGGUCUGCUCAUGUGGUGGCAACGGGCUAAAAACCGUGUGAAGAAUGCCAGUAUGGAAGAUAAGGUCAGGGUUUUGUUUGUGUAUACACUGGUCGUUCUUGGGACACCGGUGUUCUAUGUGGGGAUGGAGACGGCAACGGAGCUCAGCUCUCUCGCCAAAGCGUAUAUGUUUGGAAUUGUACUUUCGUCUUUCCUGUUGUCUGUUUGGUCUACUAUAUAAUAAUAUAGAUCUCUUUGUGGAGUUGUAUAGUAUGUUUGGAAUAAUUUCAUCUGUACCAUCUUUUGAUGGCUAGCACUUUUCAUGCA